CGUAUAAAGUUGCAAAUAUGUUCACGGCAAAAAUACAGUUUAGAUUCAAAUGGUACUAAAAUGUUUGUUUUGUAAUUUAAGUUUUAAAAAUGAGCAAAAAUGCAAGCAGUGAGCAAAUCAUCAAUAAUCAUCAUAAAAUUGCAGAUGAUGAACAAAAUGAUGUCUAUGCUGCCUCCUCUUCAAGUGUUCAUGCUGAUCCAUCAUCAGCAAUUGAUGCUGCAUCUGAUUUUGGUCCUACUCAAGAUGCAUCGGAUAACAGACGAAGGCGCUUUAUAAAAUCAACGCGGCGGACCUCCUCUAAUGAGACGCCGUAUAUACGAGUUGCAAAAUUGUUUGCUGCAACGGAAUUACAGCGAUUGAAGUUGGAGGAGGACCGUGAAAGGCGGCAGUAUGAAUUAGAAACAAGAAGGAAUAAGCUGGAUACCUUGCGUGAAACCAAUCUUCACGCGAGGAAAGCUGUCAGAGCGCAGAUUUGUAGGGAUACAAAAAAUAUCCAACAGAAAUUCCUCAAACUUAUUGAAGAAGCAAUAGCAAAAUUUUCUAAUAGGCAAUAGAAAUUGCAGUUCAUUUUUUUCUGCUGGUGGUUCAUACUUCCAAUCCGGUUAUUGUACCGAAGUAAUGGCCAGAGCCGAGGUUUAAUUUAAUCAGUAUAAAACUGUGGCAACUUGCUUUUUGCUUUUGAAUUGAAGUAAUCUAUUAUUAUGAAUAUUUCAAAGUAGUUUGUCUUUACCAUUUCCUAUGGCGAUAUGUUUGAAUCUCUUUAGGCUCUCAUAUGUAGGUUUUAAAAAACAUUAAAAAGAAAUUAAA